GUGUCUCCUGAGCGCCAGAGGCGGGGGGAGGCGGAGGACGAGGAGGAGGAGGAGGAGGAGAAGGAGGAGGGGGAGAAUGCCCGGAGCCUCCGCCGCUGCCGCCGCCGCCGCCGCGAUGCUGCCGGCUCAGGAGGCUGCCAAGCUGUACCACACCAACUAUGUGCGGAACUCGCGGGCUAUCGGCGUGCUGUGGGCCAUCUUCACCAUCUGCUUUGCCAUCGUCAACGUGGUGUGCUUCAUCCAGCCCUACUGGAUCGGCGACGGCGUGGACACCCCGCAAGCCGGCUAUUUCGGGCUCUUCCACUACUGCAUUGGCAACGGCUUCUCCCGGGAGCUGACCUGCAGGGGCAGCUUCACGGACUUCUCCACGCUACCCUCGGGCGCCUUCAAAGCCGCCUCCUUCUUCAUCGGCCUCUCCAUGAUGCUCAUCAUCGCCUGCAUCGUUUGCUUUACCCUCUUCUUCUUCUGCAACACGGCCACCGUGUACAAGAUCUGUGCCUGGAUGCAGCUCACCUCCGCUGCCUGCCUUGUACUUGGCUGUAUGAUUUUUCCUGAUGGCUGGGAUUCAGAUGAAGUAAAACGGAUGUGUGGAGAAAAGACAGACAAGUAUACUCUUGGGGCUUGUUCAGUCCGCUGGGCAUACAUCCUGGCUAUUAUUGGGAUACUGGAUGCCCUGAUCCUCUCAUUUCUGGCAUUUGUCCUUGGUAACCGACAAGACAGCUUGAUGGCAGAGGAACUGAAGGCAGAAAACAAAGAUGAUGGAAAUGCUUAACCUGAGGUAGUGUGAGACCACACCAUUUCUGCUAAGCCAAUAUUCUCUAGAAUGAGCACAAAACAAAACCAAUCAAAUAACAGCUAAACAAAUCAAAUAACAGCUUUUGUACAUCAACAUCAAGAAGGAAGGCGGUUGGAAGAGCUCAGAGUACAAGAUGGAUAUGGACAAGAGUGAAACAGCCACUGGUCAAAACACCUUCUAAAUCUAGAUCAGCAGAGAUGAGAGUGUUUUCUGGGAAGAGAUAAAACCAUGGAUAAAACACCAGCUCAUUGGAAACUGUCAUUGAAUAAGAUCAGAUAACAUUCAUGAGAAAUCACAUUCAGGAAAUCUUUUAAGGAAGAGGAAUAUAAAUGUGCUAGAAUUAACAUGUAAAAUAUCUAUGUCCUGAGGUUUGUAAACUGUCUUUUUUUAAUCAAACUGAAAACAAAAAGCUUUAAUCUUUCAACAUUAUUUUAAAAGAAUGCAGCCAAUCCUAAAUUAUUCCAUCUCAGUAGCCAAGAGGCCAGUCAAGCAUCAUUUGUGGAGGAAGCAUCUUAGUAAACACUUCUGAAUGUUCCACGGGAGUGUUGGUUGCCAUCUCUGCCAUUCAUUUAUUUCACUGUGUAAUUAGUUACAACCACUGAGAUAGAGACCUAAUGCUUCACAUUUUUUACAGUCUGUGUUCAGUUCAAUCUGUCCGUACAAGUUAUUACUGAGAAAGUGUUUCUGACAUGUACUCUUACUCCAUCUAGCUGUAUAUUACAAGAAGGACAUCUUUACAUCAUAGGUUCCCAAGCAAUGUAGGUUUCCCUGUCUUUCAGGAAAUAGCAUCCAGAAACUCUGAAAAAUAUAGAAAGCUCAUGUUCACCUUGGAUGCUCACAUGUAAUAUAUAGGCUGCUAUCAAAUAAACACUUUUUCUAAUUCUCCCUAGAAUAUGCAUAGGACUUUAAUAUACUUUAUAAAUAGGUAUCUAAGAUAUCUCCUUUUGCUUUCCUAUUACUUUCAUCCAUGUCAUCAAAAAUCCAUGUUCAUUUUUGUCCUUACUGACAGGCAUUCAUCUUGCUUUUUAAAAGAGUCAUUCCAUGAACCCUAUUUCUAAAUGAUAGUAAGUGGUACUAACAAAACAAAUAAUAAUUUAAUAGCCUUAGAAAUAAAUGAAUAUAUACUUAUACAAGUCAAAGAAACUUGGUAGGAGUAAGUUGCCUUUUUAUUUACUAAUGUUGCUUUCAAAAAUAGUCAAAAAAAACUUUCAGUUGGUUUGCAUUUGGGAGUAGUUACAAAUGAUCACUUGUCUUCAACAAUCUUUGGCUCCCAGGUUUCCCCCACCACUGCCCUCACCACAUCCCGCCCAUAUGCAACAACAGGAAAAUAUUUAAUAUUGAAGUAGACACAGCUAAAAUGUACAUCAGAGAAAUCAGUGUAAGUUGAACCAGGUUCUAGCCUGAGCAGAAAGAAUGGGUAUAUGGGAUCUCUCCUUCAGAGGCUCAAAAGUAAGAUUAAAUCUGCAAAUAUCGCUGGAACAGAUGGAAGGUGAUGUAAGAAGGGAUAGAGAUCACGGCGAAUUCUCUUGCUAUUUCUCUUUUAGGGCCAUAUUCCUAUUUUAGCCAGAUGUUUCUGGCACUAGCUGUCUUUUCACCAUAAGCAGGUUUAUGUUUCAAACCUGUUAUAUAUUACAGCUAUGCUCCAAUGAAUGAAACCUAAUUCACAAAGAUACGAAUUUUAAAAAAAAAGACACAAAUUACAGUAAAACUUAUUGCUAACUGAAGUAUUAGCUGUUCUGGAAGUUAUCUGUUGCUUUAAAAUUAGCUCUCCCACUGCAUUUAAAAUACACUUCUUACUAAAUUUAAUUACACACAACUUUUCAAGAAUCCAUCUUUUAUUUGAAGGGAGGUACCUCUCUGCUUUAUCUACAAAAAAAUUAGAAAGUAUUUAUUGACUUUCUCUGAUCCAUGUAAAUUACAGAUUCCAUUGGGAGUCCUGCAUCACUAAUAAUAUAAUAGUGAUGGUUACAAAAAUGAAACAGUGCUUCCUAGCCACAUGCAAAUGUUUUUAAAAAGUUUUAUUUUCCCAUAAAAACUGAGUAUAAUUUAGCAUACCACAGUGCUCUGAAAGUGGGUCAUCGACGAUGUACCAUUUGUACAUAGGUAAUACAUGUGUAAAUCACUAAAUGUUUAAGUAUAAGAAGUAUGUUUUUAUCUUUUUUUAAAAAAAAAAAAAGUUACUCCCUUUCUCAUUCUGUU